GAUAAAUAUGGARUCGAAAAAUCUCUAGAAGUCGAUAUAAAGAUGAUGUAAAUUCGUACUUCUGGUAUAAAAACGCGAUUUUCGUCGCUUCCUUUUCCCUUAUUCUCAUGAAAGGGAUAUUGAACAAAGAGCAAUAAUGUCUAAUCCUGGUAGCGGCAAGUCGGAAUUCAUUGUUGGGGGGAAAUACAAACUUAUUCGAAAGAUCGGAAGUGGCUCCUUUGGGGAUAUAUAUUUAGCUUUAAAUAUUACAAAUGGAGAGGAAUUGGCUGUUAAACUUGAAUCACAAAAGGCCAGACAUCCACAGCUACUUUAUGAGUCUAAAUUAUAUAGAAUGCUUCAUGGUGGUAUUGGCAUCCCUAAAAUGAAAUGGUUUGGUCAAGAAAAAGAAUACAAUGUUCUAGUAAUGGAACUAUUAGGGCCCAGCCUAGAAGACUUGUUCAACUUUUGYUCUAGAGAUUUUUCAAUGAAGACAGUUCUUAUGCUAGCUGAUCAAAUGAUUGGACGUAUUGAAUUUGUUCAUAAUAAGAAUUUUAUUCAUCGAGAUAUUAAGCCUGACAAUUUUCUUAUGGGGACAAAUAAACAUUGUAACAAGCUAUAUUUGAUAGACUUUGGUCUAGCCAAGAGAUACAGAGAUAGUCGUACCAAACAACAUAUAACAUACAGAGAAGACAAAAAUCUGACUGGUACAGCAAGAUAUGCUAGUAUUAAUGCCCAUCUUGGCAUUGAGCAAUCGCGACGAGAUGACAUGGAGUCCCUUGGUUAUGUUUUGAUGUACUUCAACAGAAAUAAUCUACCUUGGCAAGGACUAAAGGCUCAAACAAAAAAACAAAAGUAUGAAAAGAUUAGUGAAAAGAAAAUGUCGACACCUGUUGAAGUACUUUGUAAGGGAUUUCCCGCUGAAUUUGCUAUGUAUUUAAAUUACUGCAAGGGAUUAAGAUUUGAUGAAGCUCCAGAUUACAUGUAUUUGCGUCAACUUUUUCGAAUCCUUUUCCGUACCCUAAAUUUCCAGUAUGAUUACAUAUUUGACUGGACGUCAUUAAAACAAAAGGCAACACAAAGCAUACCUAGUUCUGUUGUAGCUACAGCUGCUACAGGCCAUGUUAGUCAAAGAAGGGAACCUUCAAAAGUGAGACGUGGUCGAUAACUAGCAUUCACCACUGUACACGAAUAAAGAAGCUGUACGUUACUGGGUCGUUUAAACAACACUACAAGAAGUACAAAGCAGUCACGACCACUAAGGGUGACACCUUCUCUCAUCAACAUGUGAUGGAGCAGCCUUAACUAUUGAUAAUAAUAAUGACACAAUAAUAUAUACAUGUAAUAAUAUAACUGUACAUAUCAUAUUCUUUUUUUUUCGCUUUAAAUGUAUGAUUUUGGAUACCCAAUACUAUUGGGAAGUACAUGGGAAAUCCAGUUGGGAUGUCAUUUGAUUUUAUAAAACAUUGCUGUAGCCUGUGGUUGGACRGGUUAUUUGAUAACUAGUUUUUAUUUUUGCAUAAACCUAAUAUAAAGUUGACAUUUUGAUUAGCUGAGAUACAUAAAUAGAUCUUUUUUGGAUAGAGAAAACUGAUCACGAAACAAAUAGUUUGAAUUCGAUGCUGGAGUAGAUAGAGUGUAGUAACCUCACCAACCUCGACUUAAAACUAUUGUCAUGUGAUUGGUUAUACGAAUUAUGAAACGUGUACAUUAUAAUAUUUAAGUCAAAAUUUUAUAUAACUUUUAAGAUAUAACAUGGCCUAAUGGCGCUAACAAGUGGUAUAGCUUUACCUUAGCUAAACCUUUUACCAACUGGGUUUCAGUGUAUAAAAUCUCUUUCUAAUUUUCAGAGAUAACAACUUCCGUACGUGCUUUUAAUAAAUGAGCAAGAAUUUGGGGACAGCGAUAAAAUGAAAGCAUUUAAUCUGUGAAACAAAUAAUACUAGUUUCUACUAAAUAGUGCGUUGAUCAUACAAUGAAGGAAGUAAAGAAAUUAGCGUAAUUUAGUACUAUUUUCUAAUUAAGUUUCAAGGAUUAAGUGUGUCCGCUCUACUGAUGGUCGAAAUCUAAAACAUCUAUCGCCCCUUGUAAGAGAAUCUGGAAUCCAGUCUGGAAUCCGGAAUCCAACAAAAAUUUUGAAAACCAAAAAAAAAGCAUCCGGAAUCCCAUAACAAAACUUUAUGGAUUCUGGAAUCUCAAUGUUCGAAAUCCGAAAUCCAAUGUUUCGGAAUCCGAAAUCCAGCGCUUGGAAUCUGGAAUCCCGUAUUUCUCUGGAUUGUCUUACAUGGGCCGACAUCUAUAAUCAGAAGCAAUUUCAUUUUCCUUUUCAUUACGGGUUUCCAAUUCUCUCUAUUGUAAAAUGCCAAUGGAUACUGCGGGGAAUAAGUUUGGCAUCGUUAGUACAAUCCUUAAUUAAAUUAUUUGUGUGUUUUUCACUUUUUGAUUUUUUUAAAUCAAUGUUUGUGUUCACACAGAAAUGACUGCACAACCUGAAAGCAACCGACGUUUUGUUCAAUAUGCGUUUCCUAUUCGACCGUUAGAAGGAUUUCACUUUGAUCCCCGGCCUUUACGAAGAAAGCACAACGAAUGACCCUUUCAACCAAUGAAAGUUUACAAUUGAUUGGUCGAUCAUGCAUUUGCUGGAAAAAGGAUGUUACCAUUUCAAUCAAUAGCAAAGUUCUCCCAACUAAUGUAGUUUGUUGAGCGCGAUGAUUCAGGCUUGUGCUGUUCAAAUUGUGUCUGCAGUCUCUCAGUGUCGUAGCUCUCUCAGUGUCGUAGCUGGGACAUUUUGCGGGGAGGUACGGAAAACGAAAAAAGCGUUGUAAAGGGAUUUUUCACCAAAGGCACCGCCAGGCGCCAGGGGAAUACUGAUAUUAGCCUGAAGGCACAGGAGUUCUGUAACAUUGCCUUAAUUAAGGGACCUAUAAAUUGUACUUGAAAUAGGCUAAUGCUUGUCAAAUUUAUCUUUCUAGUGAGCCCUGAUGUCAUAGGCCUCUUAUCCUCCAUUUUCCAAGUUCACAGUGAAUAUCCUAUGUUUUAUUGAACAGCAAAAUCUCUUACGAAAAGGACAAAAAAAAAAAAAA